ACUUUCAAGUUUGAGCUCGAAGUGGUCCAAAAUUCCAAAAUCUUAAAGCUUUUAUCGCGCUGUCCAACCAGGAGCGCUUUGCCAUUCUGCCUUGUUUGUUAUUGCGAAGCGCUCCCGUGAACGAUAGCACAUUUAAUCCUUGGCGUGAAAAAAUACUGUCGUUGUGAUGUAAAGAAAGAGCAAGGGGCUUAGAUUCGAGCCAUCGAUCGCUUUAAAGCACCAAUCACGGAGGUGAAAGUGAAAGAGAGAGACUCCAUGGAAGAUGGCUCUAGCUAUCAAGAUUUCAUCCAAAGAAUCCAUCCCAAGAAACCACGCUGGAUCGAGAAGUUGUACGCGAAGUUCAUGAAUUCCUUCUCCGGAUCAGGUUUCGACAAGGACACCGCCAAGCUCUUCAGCCAGAUCGAUGGACGCGCACGCACUGUUUUGGAGGUCGGGAUUGGGACUGGAGUGAAUUUCAAGUACUUGAGUGGAAGGAAUGAUCUCAAGAUCACCGGAGUGGAUCCAAACAAAAGCAUGGAGAAGUACGCCGUCAAUUCGCUCGUAGCAGCUGGAUUUCGUGGCGACCAAUUCGAGUUCAUCCACGGAGUUGGCGAGAAAAUUCCCUUGGAGAGCUCGAGCAUCGACGUGGUGAUCUCGACCUUGGUACUUUGCUCUGUCACAGACGUCUCAUCUACGAUGCAAGGUAUCCAAAAAUGUAUCGAUCGAAGGAAAAUUCGUUUUUCAUCUUUCUUUUCUUCGCUCACAGAGGUGAUCAGAGUUCUCAAACCUGGAGGACAGUUCUUGUUCGUGGAGCACGUAGGAGCUCAAGAUGGGAGCUGGCUCAAUCUCUUCCAAAAUCUUCUCAAUCCCAUCCAAGUCUUCGUUGCGGAUGGAUGCCACUUGAAUCGCGACACCUUGUCCUUCAUACGAAAGGCUAGAUUCUCCUCGAUCGACGCUCGCAGCUAUCGAUUUCCAUCCAAGAAUCCCCUCAUUUCUUCCUACAUUGUGGGAGUAGCACGAAAGUGAAAAUAAAGGAAAAAUUAGCCCUACACGUAUUUAGGGUUUU